AUGCUCAGCGAACUUCAACUAGACGAGGCCGCCGUGCAGCUUCGGUCUUUCCAGGCGGAGAGUGAAGCUCACCUCAAAAGCCAAGUGGAAAUUCUUCAAAGAUAUGGCCAGCUAAUGGAAGACUACAAGCGGUUGAGGAGCGACUAUGAAGAAGAGCGAGAGUCCCGAGAAAAGUACAAGCAACUCGCCAAGGGCCAGGAGAGGAAUCCGUUCGUGCUUUUUCUUAUCGACGGCGAUGGCGUGCUCUUUGACGACGACCUGGUCAGCAAUGGAGCUGACGGCGGCACUCGAGCAGCGCAAAUCUUGAACGAUGCGAUUCGAAAACAUCUCCGGAGUCUUGCUCUUGAUCACUGCAAGCUGAUGGUCCGAGUCUACGCCAACCUGGCCGGAUUGUCAAAAGCCUUGUCGAAAUCGAAGCUCGCUGGAGCGGACAAGCGCUCUCUUGCCCCCUUUGUGGCCAAUUUUAAUCGAUCAAAUGAGCUCUUCGACUUCGUGGAUGCUGGCGAGCUCAAGGAAAAUGCCGACUUCAAGAUCCGAGCCAUGUUCAGACAAUUCGUGGACAAUGCGCAAUGCAAGCAUAUCUUCUUUGCAGCUUGCCAUGAUGUUGGCUACAUCUCCGAGCUUACACCUUAUAUGAGCAACAGAGAUCGGAUCACUCUUGUUCGAGGCAACGGAAUUCAUCCCGAAUUUAUCAAGCUCGGGUUUCCGAUUGAGCAUUUUCCGUAUCUCUUCAGAGCGACACCACUCACUCCCGAUGGUCCCACAUUCACAAAGACCGUGAUAUCUCCACCACCUCCCGCUCCGCUUGGCAACCAUAACAGUGGCCCAUCAGCAGACAAUGGCAGGGUUUGCGGAUUUUAUCAGAAGGGCUCCUGCCGUUAUGGCAAUACGUGCAAGAACCUCCACAUUAAAGCAGGUAAUGGUAAUACUUUACCAGAUCAGAUUUCGUCUCCCAACAAAUUCCACAUGAUGAAUUUGACAAGGUCAGAUGACGGCUUCAUGAACGGCAAUCGCCCAUCGGAGUCUGCACAAACUACGACAGACUUCACCCAACUCCCUAAUGAGAUGCACCUACCACCCAACAAGGUACCAGUGAACAAAGAUCAACAUCGAUUGGAUCCGUACUUGGAACUGGCAACCAAAGAAGAGAGAGCUGCCUUCCAAGCUCGGACUUUGAGAAGAAAGAUAUGCAACAGUUUUCACCUCACCGGCGAAUGCACAAAGGGCGAUUAUUGCAUCUAUGAUCACCGGCCCAUCGAUCAAGGCAUGCGGAAUUGCCUCAAAUUCGUUGCUCGCAGUCUGCCCUGUCCAAGAAAAGGCGCCUGCAGGCUAUCGACAUGCUUCUUGGGGCACAUAUGCCAGAAAAUAGACUGCAGGUAUCGUGGAGGCAAGGCAUAUUGCAAGCUACCCUCCAUGGCCCAUAAUCUAGAUUUGAAGCUU